GCCACCUAUAUUGUUGUUGUUGUUGUUCCUGCUGUUGCUGUUGCUGUUGCGGAUAGCACCGAUAACGAUGAUGAUGAUGAUGAUGAUGAUGAUGAUGAUGCUGCUGCUGCUGCUGCUGAUGAUGAUGAUGAUGAUGAUGAUAAUGUGCCGUUUAUUUGCGUGUAAGAACGUAUACGCAUUGUCACACUGA